AGUAAGUUCAUUAGUAGGAAAAAAAUGUGUUUCUCUGAAUGCAUCUUUCUUCCUCAACAUUGCUUCCUAAUUUUAGAGAUUUCAUGUUGCAGAAAGCUCUUGAACAAUCUGUGGCUAUUUUAUGGGUAUAAAUAUUUGACAAGUGUCCCGGGGUGGAGUUUCAGACCCUGCUUUUGAACAUUCCCCUGAAGCCAGCUGUCGAGCAACCUUCUUGCACUCAUGCCAGAAUUGUCCCGCUGGGUUUGAACGGCUGUCGUGAAGAGUUUAUAUUUCAGUUCCCUUAGACCGACCCGAAGACGGGCAGUAUGGAUCAUCGUGCGACCACCUUAGAGACGGAUAAGAUCCACCAGAAUCGCCUGUCAGGCAUCACAGACGACGAUGAGGAGCAAGAUGCUGCCUUCACCAUUGUCCGAGUCUUGGACAAGGUGGCUACCAUUGUGGAUACUGUUCAGGCCAGUCAGAAGCGUAUCGAGGAGAGACACAGAGAAAUGGAGGAUGCCAUCAAGACGAUUCAGAUUGAUAUCCUGAAGCUGGCCCAGGCUCAUGGCAACACCAGCUACACAGUGAAUAAGCUGCUGGAGAAAACCCGCAAAGUCAGUGCUCGGGUCAAAGACGUGAGGGCCCGGGUAGAGAAGCAGAGUGCCAACGUGCAGAAGGUCGAGGCCAAACAAGAGGAAAUGCUGCGGAAGAACAAAUUUCGUGUUGUCAUUUACCAGGAGGAUGUUCCAUGUCCAUCUUCUCUAUCAGUUGUCAAAGACCGGACACGAGGGGAAAACCUAGAUGUCUUCAGUCCACCUGAUGAUCUCUCUUCUGACGAGGAGUAUUACAUAGAAGAAAGCAGAGCAGCACGGUUUAAGAAAUCAGGCAUAAGGCGCAUCAACAAUAUUAAAAAGGCAUUUUCAAGAGAGAAUCUUCAGAAAACAAGGCAAAAUUUUGGCAAGAAGGUGGACAGACUUCGAACUAGAAUAGUAACACCAGAGAGGAGGGAACGAAUAAGACAAUCAGGAGAGAGGUUGAGGCAAACAGGGAUAAGGUUCAAGAAAAAUAUAUCCAAUGCAGCACCAACAAAGGAGACCUUCAAGAGGCAUAAGAAAACUACAAAGCAAGAAGUGGCCGAAGGUCCAGAAGAGGUCCAAGAGUCUGGCGUUGAUACAACUGUAGAAAGUGGGGAUGCUGAACCAGUCAGCGAAGAAAUUUCCUAUACUGAGGUGAUAACCAAAGUGAAGAAAGACAAAGGUGGUGGGUCAAAAGGCCCGUCUCAGGCAGAGAAGAAGAUAGUGAUAACUCCUGAAAAUAUUGUGCUCAAACCAGAGGUCAAAGUGAUGGUACCUGAAAAGAUUGUCCUCAAACCUGAGGCAAAAGAAGAGGAGAAUGUUCUUCUGGUAGAUCUAAAGCAAUCAGUUUAAAUUUCAGAACUUUCUUUGCUUUGGCGGUGUCACUGUGGCAGGGAAGGAGCAAUCCUAUUAAUUUGGCUAGAGGUUGGAGCAGUGGUUUUGAAAUGUUCCUCAGAUAACCGUUUCCAUGCUGACUUGUCUGCUGAGGAGAACUGAAACCUACGUUGUGUGUUGCAGAGGAUCCUGGGACAUGUACUAGGGGAAGAACUCUAUUCCUUUGAGGUGGGGUGGGUGUGCACAUCUGGGCUGUUGCACCGGACACAAUAGAAGAGCAUGUUCUGAGACAGCUUCCUCCUACUUUGGUUUCCCCAGAUGUUGGAUGGCAAUUCCUAUCAUCUCCAACUAGCCCAUCCAUGUUGGUUUGGAAUGAUGGGAGUUGUAGUUCAACAACAUGUGGAAGAUUUGAGAAGGACAUGCCCAACGCACCCCAGUGUUGUUCAGGGAAGGUCAGUAACAGCAGACAUACUGUCCUUCAGGAAGUUUGCCUAACAUUAUCCAUCCCAGGAGCACAGUUUCAAAACUGCUGAUUUAAAGAUGUGUGCUGAUUAAUCCACAGGAAUUUAUAUAUAUGCUGUAUACUCACAGUCCAUUUUAGCCUUCCAGUAACUUUGCAUAUAUAUGUUUAAGUUUAUACUCUGCUCAUUGACAUGCUUUGGGGCAUUCUUUCACCAUCUGACAUCACUCCAGGAGAAAUAAGGGAGUGAUCUCCUGAGAGACCUAUGCGUAAAUGCCAUUCAUCAUCACAGGUAAAAAGGAGGUAGAAGCUCCCUCUGUUUCAGUGAAAUAAAUUCCCUCAGCAGACUUUCUUCUAUCUGUAUUUUAUGCACCGUGACAGCCACACAGAGUAAAUCUCAUUAAAUGACUCAUUAGAUAUCUCAGGAUUCUUCUACUAGGGGUGAAGGGAGAAAUAAAUCCAUCAACAGAUAGCGUGUUUAUCUCAAAGAAUAUACUUAACUCUUUCUUCCCUCUCUCCAAAUCCCACGAGAAAGGGGAUAGGUCACUGGAUGAGAUAGGGGAGUUUGCUGCCUGUGGUUGUUUCUGUACCCACCCCCCAGUAAUGGGAAGAUAACUAGUACCACACCAAGCAAUACAAUUAAUGAUUAAUAAUUAUUCACCAAGGUAUCUACAGUUAAUAAUGUUGUGGGGGGAGGGGAGGAUUUGAAACAAGCGAGGCAACAAACUAUCAACUACUUUUU